CCCUUUUCUCACUCUCCUUGGCGGCUUAGUGUUCUCUUCCCACCGACGUUGUCUCCGCCGUUCUUUCCCAAAACCCUAAUUUUUCAUCUCCUACUUAGUCUACUUACACACCCAUAUCCCAUAUCUGUACCUCUUUUUUUCUGGGUUUGCAUCAGAAUAAGAUGACGGAGGCUUCAGUGGGGCAAAAGCAGAAGCAGCUCGAGUUCGCUUUGGCAUCAGUGUGUGACCUUACUGCUGCCUCUGUUUCUUCGUCUGUGCCAGUGAUUGCUAGGUUCAUUGCCGACAGUGGAGUUGCGGAGCUUCGAUUUUGUAGAGAGUCGGAUUCUGUUGAAGGGUUCAACGUUGAUCUCCGAACUGCUCAGCUAUUCAAGUUAGGACCUUUGCAAUCAGUUUGUAUUUCUGAAGGUUCUAAUACCAAUAAGGAGAAUUCAUAUUCAAGAGGAGUCACAAUCCAAUUUAAAAAUGCGGAGGAGAGCAGGGACUUCCAUUGUGCAUUUGAGCAAUGGAAGAAUGAAGUUGUUCAAGGAACAUGUUUACCAAAUGGAGAAAUUUCUGCUUCCAGGAGCAAGUUUGAUGAUAAAAUAGAGCCAUCUUCUGCUAAAAUGUACUUCCAUUAUUAUGGGCAAUUGUUGCAUCAGCAGAAUAUGUUACAGGAUUAUGUGAGGACAGGGACAUACUAUGCUGCUGUGAUUGAGAACCGUGGAGAUUUUACUGGUCGUGUGGUGGUUGAUGUUGGUGCAGGUAGUGGCAUUUUGUCAUUAUUUGCUGCACAGGCUGGUGCAAAGCAUGUUUAUGCUGUGGAAGCAUCUGAAAUGGCAGAAUAUGCCCGCAAACUUAUUUCUGGGAACCCAGCCCUGGCUGAACGGAUCACUGUAAUCAAGGGAAAAAUUGAGGAAGUUGAAUUGCCUGAGAAAGCUGAUAUUCUCAUAUCUGAACCAAUGGGCACCUUAUUAGUUAAUGAAAGAAUGUUGGAGUCCUAUGUUAUUGCAAGAGAUCGGUUUCUUGUUCCAAAUGGAAAAAUGUUUCCUACACUUGGAAGGAUUCAUAUGGCACCUUUCACUGAUGAAUAUUUAUUUGUUGAAGUUGCAAAUAAGGCUUUAUUUUGGCAGCAACAAAAUUAUUAUGGGGUUGAUCUCACACCACUCUAUGGGUCAGCAUUUCAGGGCUACUUCUCUCAGGUUUGUCUGUACGCCAUGAUGCUUGAGAAUUUGUUUAAAAUACUUAAGCUACUUCUCAACCUUUUUAAAAUUGGGUCAAGGCCUGAAGGUCAAUCUAGAGGAUCUUAAUGCAUGUAUCUCUUUCAGCUUCCACUUUAUGAUGUUGUUUUUGGUAUACAAGUCAGACUUUAGAAUACAACCGUCACACUUGCCCUUCAGAAAGCGACAGAGUAUAAAGAAGUUUAUUUGUUUUCUUUUUUUCUUUUUCUUUUUUUAUUUAAAUUUUUGUUUGUGUGGUUGUAUUGACUCUUUUAACUUGACCCUAACUUAUUCCCCUUUUUACUACCAUAUUUUUGCUAAUCUUGAAUUUAUAGCUUCUGCCACUGAGAUCUUCUUUUUGUUGGGCUAGCCAUAUGCAUGUUCCACUGUGUGAAUUUUUUGAACUGACGCUUCUAUGAUUCCAUCCUUAUUUGUUUGCUUGCUUCUCUUUUAUCAGAUUCUUAUGGUUGUUUCCAUUAUGGUUUUCUUUUAUUUCCAUGUAUUGAUGGGGUACUUUUGCCUUCAUAAAGCCUGUGGUGGAUGCCUUUGAUCCAAGAUUAUUGGUGUCUCCCCCAAUCUGCCAUGUGCUUGACUUUACUGAAAUAAAGGAAGAGGAGUUAUAUGAAAUUGAUAUUCCAUUGAAAUUCGUAGCAGCUGUUGGCACUAGAGUGCAUGGCGUGGCUUGCUGGUUUGAUGUAUUGUUUAGUGGGAGUACUGUUCAAAGAUGGCUUACCACUGCCCCGGGUGCACCUACGACCCACUGGUACCAAAUACGUUGUGUUCUCUCUCAGCCAAUUUAUGUCAUGGCCGGACAGGAAAUUUCAGGCCGACUGCGCAUGAUAGCCCACAAUGCACAGAGUUACACCAUACAUCUAACAUUGUCAGGUUGUUUUCUUCUCUUUUUUAUCAUUAUGUCAUUGCUUUUGUUUCUAACAACACAGGUUACUGUGACUCCUAUAGCUAAAAUGUGGGGCCCUGGGGCUGAACAAGGAGGAAUUAUUCAGACCUCAUCCUGCAAACUAGAUCUC